CGUCAGUGUAAUAAAAUGAAAACAUGUUUCGACCCGACACGAACGUCAGAGUGGAUUUAAACACACAGCUGGUAAAAGCCGAGCACCCCGGAGCAUGGUGAAAACCUGAUGCUUCUGAGUCACAGCAGGUACUGUUACUGGCUGCACAAUGAAGGCCCAGUUACAGAUAAUAGUUUUGUCAGCUAAGCUAAAGGAAAACAAGAGGAACUGGUUCAGACCUAGUACGUACGUAGAGGUGGCCGUGGAUGACCAGUCUAAGAAAACAGAAAAGUGCACCAGCACUGACGGUCUCCAGUGGAAGCAGUCAUUCACCGUAAUUGUUACCCCCUUUAGCAAGAUAAUUUUUCGUGUUUGGAGUCAUCAGACCCUGAAGUCAGAUAUUCUGUUAGGAAUGGCAACUUUAGAAGUUAGCGAGACUCUCAAAUCCAAUGACCUGAAGAUUAAUAAGGUGGUACAGACGCUGUCGCUGAGAGAGUCAGACAGUAGUGAUGUAGUGGGAGAUCUGUCUGUGUGUCUGGAUGGGAUGCAGAUGGACCCUGAAAUGUUCGCCUCUGAGGAACUGAAGCACAAUAUUCUUUCAAAUGGAGAGUUAAAGACAGAUGCAGUUGACAGAUCGAGUCGAGACUCUUCACCAUCUAGUGACACUGCUGAGGAUCGCUCUCUACCCAAUGGUCACGCUCUGGGUAGUACAAGGUCUUGCUCUGAAUCUGCAGGCGCUUUGAGACCCCCUCUGCCUGCCCCUAUAUCUCAGAGACAACCUGCGUUUCCUCAGAGACCAGCCUCGUCCACAGCAUCUUCUGCUGGCUCUACUCCCACCCAUGGCAGUGGAGGUCCGAGUCCAGAAUUAUCACCACGCCUAACUGUAAAUGGAGAUGCAGCAAGUCAGGGGUCAAACAUAGGGUCAGGAUCAACUCAGGCUCUGGGACCAAGCCUUGCUUCUCGCAGAGUUUCCACUGUCAACAACGGCCCUGUUCCUCCUGGCUGGGAGCAAAGAGAGGAUCAGAAUGGUCGUACCUACUUUGUGGAUCACAUUGAAAAGAAGACCACAUGGGAGAGGCCUGAACCUUUGCCCCCUGGGUGGGAGCGACGUGUGGAUCCAAAUGGCAGAGUAUACUACGUGGAUCACAUUAGUCGGAGCACCACGUGGCAAAGGCCUACGGCAGAGUCUGUAAGAAACUAUGAAGAGUGGCAGAGUCAGCGCAGCCAGCUACAAGGAGCCAUGCAGCAGUUCAACCAGAGAUUCAUUUUUGGGCUUCAGGAUCAGCUAGGACCGGCUCCUAAUAAAGAGUUUGAUCCACUCGGUCCUUUACCACUGGGGUGGGAGAAACGGACUGACGCUAACGGUAGAAUGUACUUCGUUCAUCAUCCUACACGCUCAACACAGUGGGAAGAUCCUCGCACUCAGGGGUUACUUAAUGAAAAGCCGCUGCCGGAAGGCUGGGAGAUGAGGUUCACUGUGGACGGCUUUCCAUAUUACGUUGACCACAACAGGAGAACGACCACCUACAUCGACCCUCGCACGGGCAAAUCCUCGCUUGAGAACAGACCUCAGAUUACGUAUGUGCGAGACUUUAAAGCCAAAGUGCACUAUUUUCGCUUCUGGUGUCAGCAACUGACGAUGCCUCAGCACAUCAAGAUCCACGUCAGUCGCAAAACACUAUUUGAGGAUUCUUUUCAGCAGAUCAUGAGCGUUCAUCCACAAGAUCUGAGGCGAAGACUGUGGAUUAUCUUCUCAGGCGAGGAGGGGCUGGAUUAUGGAGGGGUGGCUAGGGAGUGGUUUUUCCUUUUGUCCCACGAAGUUCUGAACCCUAUGUACUGUCUCUUUGAGUAUGCGGGCAAAGACAACUACUGUCUGCAGAUCAACCCUGCCUCCUCCAUCAACCCCGAUCAUCUUAAAUACUUCAAGUUCAUUGGACGAUUCAUCGCCAUGGCUUUAUUUCAUGGGAAGUUCAUCGACACCGGCUUCUCUUUGCCCUUCUAUAAGAGGAUUCUGAACAAGCAGCUGGCUCUGAAUGAUCUGGAAUCUAUCGACCCUGAGUAUUUCAACUCCCUAAUGUGGAUCAAGAAGAAUAAUUUGGAAGAGUGUGGGCUAGAAAUGUAUUUCUCAGUGGAUAAAGAGGUCCUGGGCGAGGUCACCACUCAUGAUCUAAAGCCAGACGGAGGAAACAUUCAAGUAACUGAGGAAAAUAAGGAAGAAUAUAUCAGGCUGGUAGCAGAAUGGAGGUUAUCCAGGAGAGUUGAGGAGCAGACACAAGCUUUCCUUGAAGGGUUUAAUGAAGUCUUGCCACAGCAGUAUCUGCAAUACUUUGACGCUAAAGAGCUGGAGGUGAUGCUGUGUGGAAUGCAGGAGAUAGAUAUUGCAGACUGGCAGAAGAACACCAUUUACAGACAUUAUGCUCGUGGCAGCAAGCAGAUCAUCUGGUUCUGGCAGUUUGUGAAAGAAAUGGAUAAUGAGAAGAGGAUGCGUUUGUUCCAGUUUGUGACCGGUACCUGCCGGUUUCCUGUUGGAGGCUUUGCUAACCUCAUGGGGAGCAAUGGACCACAGAAGUUCUGCAUUGAAAAAGUGGGCAAAGAGAACUGGCUUCCAAGGAGCCACACUUGCUUCAACCGGUUGGAUCUGCCACCUUAUAAAAGCUACGAGCAGCUCAAGGAAAAGUUGAUGUUUGCCAUCGAGGAGACUGAAGGCUUUGGCCAAGAGUGAUACUUCCUUUUCGACCUCGCAUGUCAUCUGCACGUAUCCCAGGAAGCAAUGUUUAACCCUCCUCACCGGACUCAUGUGAGAGAAUGCUGCAGGUUCUCAAUUUAGAAUGAGUACAUCUGUAGAAGAAAAAAGAGGAGAAUACCAGAGAGCACUGUAGCUAAAUUCGUUCCCCUAGACUCACUUUAGCCCUGUUCUUUCUAAUGCAACAUUCAACGAUUCAUUUUAAUGUGAAUGCUGCCUAGGUUGGGAAUCUAUGCAUUAGAAUUGCUGGGUUUGUUUGAAUGAACUGAACCCCACUUAAGACACACAGUUAAGGCUAUGCAUCCUACCUCUGGUCAGCGGGAUGUAUUUUUAAGAUGUAUGUUUUUCUAUUCCUGCCAUUAAGGUUUUAGUUGCUCAAACAAGAUUACAGUUGUUGUAGCAACACUGGGUGCAGGAGCUGGAAGGUGUAACAUCAGUUCAUUAUAUGUGUUAUUCAAUACACCAUAUUUUCUCCUUUUCAUUUACAUGAGCAUUUUUUGGAUUAUCACACAUCGCAGGGCGACACGUUGGGUGGCGCAGCGGUCUAUUGCACUAACUCGCCACUGCUGAAGUACGAGUUCGAAUCUCAGCUGUGCUGGUGUCUACACAGACGGAAUUGGCUAUGUCUGAAAUGUGGAUAGCCAGUCACGUCUGCAUCGUUUAGUUGUUAAAGAGAUGCCACAAGGAUGCAUUGAAGGAUGAUCCAAUGUACAAACCAACAUACAGAACCUGAAGGGCUUGCUGGAAAAGUCUUGCUACCAGAUACCACAGGACUUCCUAAGAUGUUUUGUGGAGUCCAUGUCUUAGCAGGUCAGAGCUGUUUAGACAGCAUAUCAGGCUGGUGGUUAGGGAUUUAACAGAACUGUCAGUUACAACCUUAUUCCGUUCGAAUCUCAGCUUUGCUACCAGGUGGCUGGGCACCUACCUGAACAAUGAUUGGCACAGAGACGAAGGAUAAUGAGAAUCAGUGCUUGACUCUCCGUGCGCGAAUCUGAGCCACAUAUGAACUCGCCUUGUGCAGGUGAAAAGAUGCAGCUGGCUGCUGCACACGUGCAUGAAGGAGCCGUUUGUUAGUCAUGGCUCUCCUCGGUCAGGAGUGGAGGACAGCAGUAGAGAGGAAGCAAAAUGCAAUCGGGUAAUUGGAUACAACUAGAUUGGGAAGACAAUUGGGGGAUUCCUGCAUGUAGAUCAGUUGGAAGCAGACCAUUAACAUUGGAACAUAAGGGGAAUAGGGGAAACACUUACAUUUUGUUUAAUUUCUUGUGAUAAUACGGUUAUAUGGCAGUAUGUAAUAAAUAAUAGACACAUUUAAA